AAUCAGUUGAAGCUCAGCCGUCGGACAGUUUCGAACGUGUUUGCAGGAGGACGCUGACGCUCGUCGCGCCAGCCAUCGAAUAGCGAAGUUAUCGGUCUCGUCCUGCUUAAAAUCGGGUUCGGAGUCGCGUUCGUAGUACUGGGUCGGUGUUGGCGCACAAAUUGUGCCGCCAAGAGGACAAAUUAGCCGAAUCAAUAAGCUCAAAUUAGAAUAUUCCGCUUUGCGAGGGAAACUGCACUUUCCCAGCGACUCCGGGCGGGGAGCUGGAAGUGCUUGCGUGCCUAUUUAGCCGCGACUUCGCCGUCUCGAGAAAAUCGAAACCAAGAAAAUCAUGCGACACACUCAACUCGCAGCUGAUACUGUUGCACACACAAACGCUCCACUCCGGCUCCGCUUAGACGCUUUAAUUGGCCCGCUCUCGUUCGGGCCACACAUUAAAACCUGCCACAACUCCGAAAGCAGCAACUAAGUAUUCGCAAGUGUCCUAGUGUCUUGUGCCAGUGUGCGUGUUUGUGUGCUUAUUUGUGUUCUGAUGGUCACGUGGUCAGCUCCAAGUGGCCCACUGCCUCCGACUUGUGCGUGACAGAAGUCCAGCAACUAUACCAACAGCCAGCCACAGGCAGCAGCAAAAAUAGAAAUAAAAUAACAACUACUACUGCAAUAAAGGAUUAUCCUGCGUGGGACAAAUUUAAAUUUGUUGGCCAGCUGCUGCCACUGGGAGGGCGAGGCCCCGGGAAAAUCGAAAUGUGCUUCCAUUAGAAGGAGGUCGGGAAACUAAGGCUGGAGGACGGAUCUGGAGGAGCGGCGAAAUAAUAAUAGCAAGGAAAAGAGUGCAGCGCAAAAUCUGCAAACCAAAUCCAACUUAAGUCACAUCAAAUUAAAAUAAACAAGCGGCGAAGGGUGAACGGAAGGGAAGCCAGCGAAAAAUUAUAGAAAAAUAUAUAUAGUGGAGAGACCGAGAGGAGAACUGGAAAAUGAAGUGCAAUAAAAGUCAAAUGGCCACGUUAACAAUGUGGAAAAUUUUUAUGGCCCUGCUCCUUGCGAUAGCUCUGCUAAUGCCGGUCACAUUAGCGCGCCUGCAUUCCACUUCCGGCAUCGGAAUGUCCGGCAUGAGCGGAGGCAGCAGCCUGGGCUCCGGCGGAGGCGGCGGCAGCGGCGGAGGGGGCGGCCCAUCCUCCAAGGAUGCACACGUGAAAACGAAGGACAUUGAAGCCGUCGAGGGUAAAUCAGUGUCCUUGCCCUGCCCCAUCACGGAGCCACUGGAUAACGUGUACAUGGUGCUAUGGUUCCGCGAUAAUGCGGGCAUACCCCUCUAUAGCUUCGAUGUGCGCGAUAAGGAGAGCCGGAACCAGCCACGACACUGGUCAGCCCCGGAGGUUUUUGGCUCACGUGCCAAAUUCCAUUUUGAAUCGCAGCCAGCAACCUUGGAAAUUAAGGAUAUCAAGCGUCAUGAUCAGGGUAUUUACCGCUGCCGUGUAGACUUUCGCACCAGCCAAACGCAAAGCUUCCGCUUCAAUUUGUCAGUAAUAAUACUUCCGGAGCAGCCAAUCAUCUUGGACCGAUGGGGUCGUCAGCUGAAUGGCACUCAAUUGGGGCCCAAACAGGAGGGCGAUGAUAUCGUUAUCACUUGUCGUGUGGUGGGCGGUCGGCCACAACCGCAGGUCCGGUGGCUCGUAAAUGGACUGCUUGUCGACAAUCAAAACGAGCACAAUUCCGGCGAUGUUAUCGAGAAUCGUCUGUUGUGGCCAUCGGUGCAGCGCAACGACUUGAAUUCCGUAUUCACAUGUCAGGCACUGAAUACUCAAUUAGAUAAGCCCAAGGAGAAGAGCUUCAUACUGGAUAUGCACUUGAAGCCCCUGGUGGUGAAAAUCAUGGAUCCGCCCAGCUCCAUGACUGCAGAUCGUCGCUACGAGGUCUCCUGCGAGUCCUCCGGCUCCCGGCCGAAUGCCAUCAUCACAUGGUACAAGGGAAAACGGCAAUUACGACGCACAAAGGACGACAUAUCAAAGAACUCGACACGCUCCGAGCUGAGCUUUGUGCCGACCACAGACGACGAUGGCAAAUCGAUAACAUGCCGUGCGGAAAAUCCAAAUGUGAAUGGCCUGUAUUUGGAGACCAUGUGGAAAUUGAAUGUCGUUUAUCCUCCCCUGGUGGCGUUACGCUUGGGCUCAACUUUGACACCGGAUGAUAUCAAGGAAGGCGACGAUGUUUACUUCGAGUGUCACGUACAAUCGAAUCCUCAGUGGCGGAAACUGUUGUGGUUGCAUAAUGGCAUCCACUUGGAACACAAUACGUCGGCCCGCGUCAUCCGGUCCAACCAGAGCCUGGUGCUGCAGAAGAUCACAAAGCACUACGCUGGAAACUACGCAUGCAGUGCCAUCAACGACGAGGGAGAGACGGUCAGCAAUCAGCUGCCGCUGCGGGUGAAAUACACCCCCAUUUGCAAGCACUCCGACCGCGUAAUAUUAAUUGGCGCCUCAAAGGACGAGACUGUUGAGGUUGUGUGCGAGAUUCAGGCGGACCCCCCACCACGGACAUUUCGCUGGAAAUUCAACAACUCGGGCGAAACCCUGGACGUGGGCAGUGAACGCUUCAGCGUGAAUGGCAGCCGCAGCAUUUUAAAGUACACACCGGUCACAGAUCAGGAUUAUGGCACACUGUCGUGCUGGGCCUCCAACGAGGUGGGCACCCAGCAGCAUCCCUGUCUGUUCCAAGUGGUCCUAGCCGCACUGCCGAAUGCCGUCAGCAAUUGUACCGUCUUCAACCGCACCGAGCUGAGUGUUGACAUUCAGUGCAUACCGGGCUAUGACGGCGGCCUGCCGCAAAUAUUUGUUCUCGAAAUGUUUUCAACACGCACCGGCAUCACCAGAUUCAAUUUGAGCAACGCCGAGGAGGCGCUCUUCUCGCUGGAGAACCUGGACACCCUGACCUCGAUGAUGGUCCAGGAGAACAACUCGCUGCGGCUCCGCAUUUACUCGUACAACCAGAAGGGCCGGAGCGCCGCUUAUCUGCUGCCCGAUUUCAUAAUUGGCUCAACAGCUUACAAGACAGACGACGACGUAACACUGACAUUGUCGCCGGUGAUUGUCGGCAGUGUUCUGACCAUCAUAAUUAUUGGUGUGGCUAUCGCGAUACGAAUAUUCGUGGUGACAUUUGUGCACAAUUUGCGCCGCAAUCGUCAUCACGGUAACAAGGCGACCUCCGCCGGAGUGACGCCCCAACCUGGCGAUGUGUUCAAGGGCGGCAACUUGGAGAAACCGCGAUGGCAGCACACGGACAUAAAAACGAAAUCAUCGGAGGAUUUGGUUGAGGACGAACGUGAUCCGGACGUAAUACCAUCGCAAUACGUUGGCGGCGGCAGCGCUGGCAGCAGUGGCAGCAAUGCCUCGAACGUGGGCAGCACCACCGCCGGCACCGCCACUGGCAGCAGCACCUCUACCGCGGUGGUGGCAUCCGCGGUCAACUCAGCCGCAUCAGCAUCAGCAUCCGCAGCAGGGACGGCAGUGUCAGCCGCAGAUGCCCAUCAGUUUACAGCAGCCACAUCAAUGGGCGGCGUCGUAGGAGGCUCCUCAAAGUGGUCACCCAAUGGCAACGUGGUGCCCCUGACCACGACGAUGCUGUCCGGCGAUGCGGUGAACGCGACUGUCACCUAUAAUCAAAUCAACGCGCAGCGGGCGCAACUUCUGGCGGCCGUGGCGGCGGCGGGGGGCGGCUGCAGCAGCACCGUUAUAUCGCCCAGCAGCAGCAUGCUGAGUGGAAUGGGCGGCCUGGGCAAGCCGCUGGGCCUCGGACUGGGCGGCAUGGUCAUCGGAUCGCCCACCUCCCUGUCGUCGAACUCGACGUUGGCGGCCGCAGCAGGUCACCUUCAGCCAGUGCACAGCAGCGGAGUGGGAGGCACCCUACCCCCCGGCCUGGGCAGUGGCGGGGGCUACAUUCUGAACGCCUAUGCCACCGGAAGGCUGCACCAGCAGCCUGGAGGGGGAGCCACACACACCGCUACCCUGAACAGGCACCACCACCAGCAGCAGCACCACCUCCCGCACCACCAUCAGCAGCACUCCGGCUCCAACCUGCUGCUUGGCAGCUCGGGCAGCGUCAUGGGCGUGGUGGGCGUGGCCAAAAACUCAAACUCCACAACGACAGCCACUACUUCGUGCAACUCGUCGCAGGACCUCGACGACAACAUAAAUAUCAAUGCCAUCAAGGAUUGCCUGAUGACGCAGAGGGUGCCAGAGAGCUGUGUCUAAGGACCUGGCUCUGAGAAUAUAGUUCUAAAUAAUUAUAAUAAUACGAAUAUGUAUGUAUCAAUGUCACAUGGGAAGGUUGCCCUUUCACUUCCAAUACCCAAACUGUAAGCAUUUUUGAGGCAGGAAUGUGAAGGGUGGAACCGGUCCAUUAGUUUGUUCUCGUUAAGGUGCUGUGCAUAUCUAAUCUUAAACUUAAGCGAAACGUGAACUCUGUUAAACUGAGCGUAAACUGGAAGGAAAAGGCCAUAUCUUCUGGUUCAAUAGCAUAUCGCCUGUUAUAUCGAAUAAAAAAUCCAUAUCGAGAUUACGGAAUAAGGCUACCUAUUGGAGGAAUCUCUAGAGACUUGUUUGCGUUUUCUAUCGAUCCGCUGUUUUCACUUCUCUCGGGAAAUUAAUAAAUUCGUUCAAAGUUCAUGAAA